AUGGGUAAUACUAUUGCUCCAAGGUUGGAAAACGCUGAAAAAACUGGUGUUUUACAAGUGAGUAAUUUAAAAUUAAAAAAGAUUCCUGAAGAAGUGAAACGUCUUCGUAAUCUACGAAGUUUAGAUUUAUCCUAUAAUAAAAUUGAAGUGAUUGAAUCAUGGAUAUCUGUAUUGAAAGGUUUAAAAGUCUUGAAUCUUGAAAAUAAUCGAUUGAAAUAUCUUCCAGAAGAGUUAUAUUUACUAACAAAAUUAGAAUCGCUCAAUGUGAGUAAUAAUCUUCUAGUGAAUUUUAUCAAUCCAAGUGCUAUUGUCAAUCUAACAGAAUUAUCUUGUCUACGUACGGUGAAUUUAUCGAAUAAUUAUUUAACUGAAUUCCCUGUUGAACUGUGUAUCUCAUCAAUACCAAUUAAUGUGAUUGAUUUAUCCAAUAAUAAAAUAACUAUAAUACCAAAUGCUGUAUCUUCUUUACAGGCAAUUGAGAUCAAUUUAAAUCAAAAUCGUGUCUCAAUUAUCUCAAAAAAUAUAAGUCAAUGUGAACGUUUAAAGGUGUUACGUUUGGAGAAUAAUUGUUUACGACUGGAGAAUUUCCCGUGUGAGCUGUUAACCGACUCCCAGAUCUCAUUGUUAUGCGUUGAAGGGAAUUCAUUUCAGAUGAAAGAUUUUUAUAAUCUACCUGGAUAUUCACAAUAUAUGGAACGGUUCACAGCAAUGAAGAAGAAAGCCUGCUGA